AUGUCUAAGUUAUCUUUAAUUAUUAUUUUCUCGCUUUUUGCCUUGGUUAGUUCUAUUGUACGUCAUCAUUCUCAUCAUCAUCACCAUCACCAUGUCGAUCGAAUAUCGCUUUCCCGAAUGGAUACAAUGCGGGCAAUGCUAGCACAAGUUGGUUCACUCGAACUUUUUGCCAAGCAUCGCCAUGAUGCAUUGAGGCGUAGAUUUGCCCUUUUUGCUGAAAAGGAGGGAGGACAAGUUGAAUUUGAUGAAGAAAAUGCUGUGCAAAUUGGUGGGGAGAUUGAUGAGAUGCUUAGAAAUUACAUGGAUGCCCAAUACUAUGGACCAAUUUCGAUUGGAUCUCCUCCACAAAACUUCAGCGUUAUAUUUGAUACAGGCUCUUCGAACCUCUGGGUUCCGUCUAAAAAGUGUCCAUUCUACGAUAUUGCAUGCCUACUUCAUCACAAAUAUGACAGCACCAAAUCUAGCAGUUAUAAGGAUGAUGGGCGCAAAAUGCAAAUCCAAUAUGGAACUGGUUCAAUGAAGGGUUUUGUCUCAAAAGACACAGUCUGUAUUGCCAACAUUUGUGUGGCUGGACAAGAGUUUGCUGAGGCUGUCAGCGAGCCAGGUCUAACUUUUGUAGCUGCUAAAUUUGAUGGUAUUCUGGGUAUGGCAUUCCCGGAAAUUUCUGUUCUUGGAGUUCAACCAGUUUUCCAGCAAAUGAUUUCCCAACAAAAAGUUCCAGAACCGAUGGAAGGUGUUCACAAUUCUAAAGGCGAAAAAAUUGCCUGUCAAAAUGGAUGUCAAGCAAUUGCUGACACUGGCACAUCUUUAAUUGCUGGCCCGAAGGCACAAAUAGAGGAAAUUCAGCAUUAUAUUGGUGCAAUUCCUCUAAUGCAUGGCGAAUAUAUGGUCUCCUGUGAAAGAGUACCUCAUCUUCCCGAUAUAGCUCUACUAAUUGGAGGCAAUUCAUACGUUUUGAAAGGAUCGGAUUACAUUUUAAAUGUCACAGCAAUGGGAAAAAGCAUUUGCUUAUCUGGCUUUAUGGGAAUUGAUCUGCCAGCAAAAGUUGGGGAAUUAUGGAUCCUUGGUGAUGUAUUUAUAGGCCGUUACUACACUGUUUUCGAUGUUGGCCAACAACGUAUUGGGUUAGCUCAGGCUAGGGACGAAAAUCGGUUUAUUAGAUCAUAUAUUUAA